GAUGGCGCUGGCGGAGGCGGCGGAGCAGAACCGGGCGCUGCUGGAGGAGGCGUUGGUGCGGCUGGGCGGCGCCACCCGGCUGCUGGUGCUGCUGCUGCAGCUGGAGCAGAACCUGGGCCCGGAGCAGACGGCCAUCUUGGAGGCCGCGCUGCUGCCCACGCUGCAGGACACGCCCCAACUGGGCUGGGAGGAGUCCUGUGACGCCGCCGUGUCGUUCCUCCUGCGCUCCUGCCUGUCCCGGAGCCCCCGGGAGGAGGCGUGGUCUCUGGCCCAGCAGGGGGGCGUCGCCCUGACCCCGCCGCGCGACACCGCCCGCCUCAAGAGGAACGUCGCCCUGCUGUGCGACCGCAUCGCCAAGGGGGGGCGGCUCAGCCUGGCCCCCGAGACCACCGCGGCCCCCCAGGGCCAGGCUGCUCCCGGAGGUGUGGAGCCGAUCGCCGAGGCAACGGGCCACGAGAUGGAGCUCCACCAGGAGGCCACCGCCUUCAUCAAGAGGAAGCAGCCGUCUAGGAAAGGAAAGAAAGAUAAGGACAAGAAGGAGGUGACCAAGGAGGUGACCAAGGAGGUGACCAAGGAGGUGACCAAGGAGCCCGGCGUGAAGGAAGAAGCGGGAGGAGGCGAGGAGCCCGUCAAGGAAGCGAUAAGGGAGAAGAAGGAGCCGCCCAAGGAGAGGAGGGAGGCGAAGAAGGAGUCGUCGUCGUCCUCCAAGGAGAAGAAGAGGGAGAAGGACAAGGAAGGAAAGGAGGCCAGCAAGGAGGCAGCGGAGAGGAAAGUGUCCAGGAAGCCGUCUGCAAAAGUGAAAGAGAAGAAGAAGGAGGAGCCGGAGGCCGAGGAGGGCUGAGAGGGGGCGGAGCUACACACACACACAGACAGACAGUGUGUGUGUGUGUGUGGUGAGGUCUGAGCCCGAGGAUGAAGGAUGAACUCCUCCUCGCCUCCUCAGACAUUUCGCUGACUCUCUCCUUCCUCCUCCUCUUCCUCCUCUUCAUCUUCGUCUAGCCUCAGCAGCAGUUAAACCUGCGCCUCCCUAAUCCCAGAAGCCAGGCUCCUCCCCCUCCCUCACCCACGCACACUUCUGGCUGUGAUGUCUGGCUCCGCCCCCUUCCGCCUCCUCGCCGCUAAGAAUAAACGGCGUCCGGCCGACCCGGGUGAGUCCAGGCCACAUCCUCCCACCACCACCUCCUCCACCUCCUCCUCUGGCCUCCCCUAUGACCUCAUCCCACCUCCUCCAGUCGGCUCCUUAUUAUUUAUACAUCACAGACGCUCGAGGCGGCGGACACAAACCUUCAGGGUGGGAUUCAAACCGGGAGGCGGGUCUAAGGUCGUAGGAACAAGCUCUCCACCAAUCAGAACACGGCACAGACCACGCCCCCACAGCGCCGUCCUUUGACCCGAGGCUCCCGGUGAGCCGCCAUGUCUCUGGAUCCGUGAUCAGAACUCAGACGAUGAGCUGAGUUUAGGCUCCGCCUCUUUGCUCCUCGACACACACUUUCACUCUUUAUGGGUUUUGGGCGAUAACUCCAGUGAAUUACGCUAAUUAUGCCAAUUUCGCACGAAUGUGGUAAUGCGCUCAGCGACAAGUCGACUCAGAGCGCUGAGGAUUAAAGGGAUUCUGUUGAAGCGAGGGGGCGGAGCCACAAGAGCCAAAGCAUCAGUCAUGAGUCAGCGCUCUGAGGCUCCGAGACGUCUUGUUGGUGAACAUGUCUUAAUGUGUGAAUACGGCAGUGUGUGUGUGUGUGUGUGUGUGUGUGUGUGUGUGUGUAAGUGUGUGUGUGUGUGUAUGUUUAGAAAAAGAAAACAAACAAAAAAUAAGGAAAAGUUCUCCCUAAAAAAAUAUUUUGUAAAUGUAGAAAAUGUACGGCCAACUAAAACUCAGCCAAAUGACUUUAAUGUCAUAAGUUUCUAAAAAGGUUUUAGACUGAUU